AUGGGGGUAACAGAAUUUCACUGGACAUUGCAAGAUCCAAUUAACUGGAAUUUUGAAAAUUUGUCCGCACAAGAAACGCGAACAGAUGUGUAUAGUCGAGAGUUUCAAGCAUUCGGAAGGAACUGCCGCUUAGUUCUUGCACCAAGGAUGAAGGAAGAAGUUUCUGCAGGGACUGGGAUGAAGAUGAGGAGAACUCCUGUUGUUGGCUUGUUCGUGGAGUUUUGCGAUGCUUGCGACUUGUCACAAGAGGCGCAUGUGUUUGAAUAUCGACUGACCAUAAGAAACCAAAAAGAUGACAACCUUUCAAUCAGUAUGGAUGAAGUGGCUGAUUUCUCGCAAACUGGAGGGUCUCCUCAAAGGAGAUUUGGGUUUGAAACUUUCAUGACUCUUGAUUUGUUGAAGGAUGUGCAUGCAGGAUACAUGAAUGACAGCAAUAUCAUUGUGCAUGGUGUUUUCCGACGUGUUGAUGCCAUUCCCGAGGUCAUUUCUGAGGUCAGAGACACGCAGACCAUCAAGCUCUGUGCGAUCUUUGAAAGCGACUUGAAAUCUCACCUGGGAAUUGAUUUGUUUGAUGCGUCCACUGUCGCUCAAAGGAAUGUAUCUGCUAGAUGCCGACUCAUCGAUGUUGUCGAUCAAUUGUCGAAAGAUCAUACAUGGAUUCAGAAAGAGCAGUUUGUGUUGUACAACGCCAGGUGCAAAGAUGGAAUUUCAAGGUGUGCAAGAAUUACAUCAGCAGAGUUAUACCAUGGUUUAGACUGCUUGGAACAUGCGGGUGAUAGCCUGCAAUUGAUCUUCUUGAAGCAAGAGAGCUUGCUGUCAGAGAGAUCGAAGAGAUUGUUUGUCAAAGUGCAUGAUGAAUCUCUCAAAUCUUUCAAGUAUGCAGGAUGCUACACUGUGCAUGACGAGACACUUCUACGCGAUUUGUACAUAAACGUCAUGCAGAGUUGGAGGUUGUCAAGGGGGGAUGAAAUCUUUGGCUGGCGAGAAGCCGACGGGGGUCUGAAACCUCUGAUGGACUCCAAGCCUGUCAGACUCUCAGGCUUGCAUGACGGCAGCACGCUCUACUUGCGAGGCCAGAGAACCGAUGCUCAACAGGUGCACCUGCUGCUUCAGAAACUGCAACUCACAAGAGGAUCGAACGAUCUUAGGCUUGAACCUUUCUUCCUUACCAUGGAGGCAAGGGCUCCUCUUCUUGAGCUCCUGGACACGAUCAGAGUCUCUUCUCCUGCAGCCUCAGAGGCAGGGACUCGCUUGCUGCUCUGCGACCAUGAUGUGGCUACAAACUCCCCAGCAGCGACCUUGCUAUGGGAUGACUCUUGCGCACAGACUCAAGGCAGGACCUCUAAUAGCAUCCUGCAUCUUCUUGCUCGGCAGCGUCUCGGCAGAGAGAAGUUCGGCUUCAGCCACAAGGCUCCUUACAUGUUGUACAUGCAAGUGCUGAAAGACCGAGAAAGCAUAGAUACGACUAUCGCAUGGUACGGCCCGAAAGCAACCAGAGAGCUUGCGUUCACUGUGACUUUAUCAACCAACACCUGUCUUGAUGACAUAAUGCGAAAACUACGGCAGAUGGCUCCAGUGCGAGGAGCAGGAGAUCUGCGGUUGCUAGCAGUGCACGAUCACCGCAUUCUACAUUUUUUCCAGGACUCUGACGAGAUCAUCUCCUUCAAUCCCGACCGCGUGACCCUGCGAGCCGAGGAGGUCGCGGGCGACGACUACAGCGCUCAGCUGCCCCAUCAAUACGUGGAGUUUCGAAGGAUCGCGUCGAGACUUGACCUCAGCUCCGACCAGCUCUCUCUGCACGUCGUUGGGCUGGGAGCUACUAUAAAGCCCUUGGCUGACCGCGCUGCCUUGUUUUCCCAGCAUGACUUGGGUUAUGGUGAUUUCGUUGGCAUAGAAAUUAGAAGCGAUCGCGUAGCUGAAGGGAACAACGCGCGGCUAGAAGAAGCGUCAGAGAACAUCUUGAAGGCAGCAAACACAAGCAAUGUCGGCUAUCUCAUGCAAUACCCUGACGACGCUCUGUUACCUCUCGAAGCCAAGGACAACCGAGAAGAGCCCCAGUCCCAUGAGUUGGACAUCGACUUGGUGAAGAGAUCGCUGGAGAAUCAAAUGAAACAGUUUGCAAGCGUCGCAUCAGUGGAUGGAGCAGAGAGCGAGAGCUUCUUUGAAACAAUCAGAAUGCUUGAGGUCCAACUGAGUGAGUUACAAUCCGUUGCAAACGACAAGAUUGAACGUUUGGAGACUCAAGUCGACUCCUUGACAAGCUCAAACCUGCAGGAGAGGAUCGAAGAGCUGCUCGCUGUCAAUGCCUCGAUGGAAUUGCAGCAAGAGAAGCUUAUGGCGGAGAAUGCGCUACACAGAGACGAUGUCAAGAGAAACUCAGAUUUAAGUCCGCUACAGAUACUCGACAUGCUUCUUGAAAGCGACAUGGUCAACAUCUCCUUGAAGCAAAUCGAACUCAUGCAAAACGUGCCGGAUGGAUUUCGAUGUCCCAUCACACAGGAGGUCAUGCGAGACCCUCACAUUGUGGCUGAGACCGGCCUGAGCUACGAGAAGAGCGCCAUAGUUCAAUGGCUGCAGGACCACAACACCGACCCUCUGACCAACUUGAGAUUGAAAUCGAAACAAAUCAUUCCGAACCAUGGGCUGCGCGCCACUAUCGAGGAGUUCUUGACACAUCAAGAAUGA